UGUAAUAGGAAGUUGGUCAAAGAAGUCAAGAGAAUAAGAUAAACAGAAACAACCAAUCUGUGUUUGGAUAUGGACUGGCCAACAGACUUGUUUUUAAAAAUUUAAGAGAGAAACUUGGACUCGAUCAAUGCAGAUUCUGUAUUUCAGGGGUCGCCCCUUUACCUAAAGCAGUGACUGAUUUCUAUGCUGGUUUGAUAUUGCUCUAUUGCAGUUGUAUGGAAUGUCAGAAACUUCAUCAGUAGCAACUGUGAACACUCUUGAUAAUUAUAAACCUACGUCAGUUGGUCGGGCAUUAAAUGGAGUAGAAGUUAAGAUAUUUGAGCCCGAUCCAGAGACUGAAGAUGGUGAGAUUUGUUUCCGUGGGCGUAACAUAUUUAUGGGAUACCUUGACAACGAGGAGAAGACAAAAGAGGCAAUUGAUGAUGAAGGAUGGUUGCACUCAGGAGACAUUGGGAGAGUUGAUGAAGAGGGUUUUUAUUAUAUUACUGGUCGUAAGAAAGAGUUAAUAAUAACUAAAGGAGGAGAGAAUAUUGCACCAGUACCUAUUGAAGAUUGUAUUAAAGAGGAGGUCCCUAUCAUUAGUAAUGUAAUGUUGGUUGGAGAUGAUAAGAAAUAUCUAACAAUGCUGGUCACACUACGUGUUAAAGUUGAUGAGAAUCAAAGUCCAACUGACAAUUUAGCAGAUUCUGUUGUAGCACUUUUAUCUCAACACAACUCUCAAUCAACUACUGUUACUGAGGCUAAAGAUGAUGAUAUUGUUAAGCAGUUGAUACAAGAAGGAAUGGAGAGAGCUAAUGAGAGGGCAAUCAGCAGAGCUGCACGCAUUCAGAAGUUCACUAUACUACCAGUUGAGUUCAGUAUUGAAGGAAAUGAACUAACUUCAACAAUGAAACUAAAGAGAAGUGUCACUGCUAAGAAAUAUAAAGAGGAAAUUGAUAAAAUGUAUCCUGAGUCACAAUAAAGAGAAAAAGCAGUA